AAGACAGAUAAGACAGAUUCUAUGCACAUUCCUUUUACCAGUAACAACUUUAUUUGGUGUAGAAUACACUGUCUGGUGAAUCACUUUGACCUUUUCCUCCCAUUAGAGAUCAACGCUGACUUGUCAUUAAGUGAACUAACUAAUAUAUAACCAUAUAACUUGGAUGUUUUUUGGGAGGGAAUUCCUUAAAAUUGGGGAGGAUAUGUCCAUGUGGGGAGGAGAUUACUUCACUACUUCUGCACGAAGAAUGGGUCUAUCAGGGCCACGGAAUGGCAGAACCUACAUCAUGUACCAUGGCACCUCUUGGUGGGCUGCACAGAAAAUCAUGGCCAAAGGUUUUUUUCAAUCCAAGUGUGGCAUGUUGGGGCAGGGUGUGUAUCUAAGCCGGGACCUGGAGAAGGCUAGUAGAUACCCCCUGGACCUCACUGAACACCAGAAGGUUGUCAUCAAAGUUAAAGUCAAUGUGGGCAAGGUGAAAAAAGUAGACCGCCAAGGCCACCCUUUGCAGAAGACGUGGCAUGACAAAGGUUACGACUCAGCCUGGGUUCCUCCUAACUGUGGCAUGGUGAAGAGUGGUUUAGAAGAGAACUGUGUCUGGGACCCAAACCGCAUUACUGUUUUAGACACUAUCAAAUCAAAAACAGAACCCACCUUGCAAAGUGAGGACACUGAUGAGGAAGAGGAUGAAGAGGACACUGAGGAGGAGGAAGAGGGGGUGGAAGGAGAGGAGGAGAAUUAUGAGGAAGAGGGGGUUAAUGAAGAGGAGCAGGGCGAUUAUGAGGAAGAGGGGGUUGAUGAAGAGGAGGAGGAGGAGGUGCGGCAUGUUGGUGGCAUGCUAGUAGGUACCCCAUGCACCUUGCUGAACACAAGAAGGUUGUCAGAGUUAUCAGAGAAAAAAGUAGACCGCCAAGGCCACCCUUUGCAGAAGACGUGGCAUGACGAGGGUUACGACUCAGCCUGGGUUCCUCCUAACUGUGGCAUGGUGAAGAGUGGUUUAGAAGAGAACUGGGUCUGGGACCCAAACUGCAUUACUGUUUUAGACACUAUCAAAUCAAAAAAUGGAACCCACCUUACAAAGUGAGGAAACUGAUGAGGAAGAAAAGGAGGAUGAGGAUUAUGAGGAAACAGGUGUGGAAGGAGAGGAGGAGGAGAAGGAGGGGGAGGAAGAGAAUAGCAAUUUAUUAAUUAGAUUAGCUCUCAUCCUGGGUCCUUUCUUCCACGUCCUCUCUCGCUUCCUUUUGAAAAAGUUCAAAGGUAAUUAAGGAGAGGUGGCGUGCAGAGGGAAAUUGGACAAAAAUGCACUUGUAUGAAAUGAGACUCUCCUGAAUGGGCGUAACCAAAGAAGACCUUUGUAGCACUCAACAUCUUUCAAGGGUAUUUUUGUCCUACUGAAUCUAAAGUUUUGUCAUCUAUUAAAACAAGAUUUUCAGAUUUUUCAUCAUAAAUCCCAGUUGGGAUGG